AUGCCGCGGCUUCGUCUCUUCUCAGCGCUUGCUUUCUGGGUACUUUUCUGUCUCUUUUUAGCGCGCUCCCGACGGCUUCGUUCCGCUGCGCCUCUCGCCCCCGUCUUCGCCGCUUCUCCGUCGCUUGUCUUCUCGUCUAAUCAAAGAUCUCUCUCCGUUUUGGGGGCGCGCCGAGUUUCCUCUUCCCACCUUCCCGCGCUGUCCAGGGAGAUCCUCACAAACCGGCGCGCUGCCCGCCACCACACUCCGCAAAGCGACUUCUUCAAGCCCCUGCAGUCUUCGAGUCCCUCCGUUGAGUGCCUUCCUCUGCUUCACCUCCACACCCCAACCGACUGCUCAGAUUUGUCCUCUCCUCUCUCUUCCCUCAGAUCGCCGUCUUCCCCGCGGUCUCCUCUGGCUCACAUACGGGCGCCUGACCCCCGCCCUGUGUGUCACGCGGGCUCUGCCCCCUCGCUUCACGGCCGCACGUCGGUCCCCAGAACGCAGUCACUUUGCUUCGAUUCUUCCCUGAAGUCUGGUUCCUCGUCUGUCGCUGUCUCCGCGUCUCGGCGGUUCACCUUCGUGGCUCCUCCGCUAGCCCAGUUUUCCUCGAAAAAUGCGUGUGUAUCCUCCGCAGACGGUCACGAGGGGCGAGGCGGGGCCUUGCGAAGCGUGCCGCGGGCGCCUUCGCCUCGCUUCUUUCUCCCCUCGUUUUUGUUCUGGCCGUGGCGCAGAUCCGCCGCCACGCCCGCGGAGGUCAGGAACUGCCGCGCGGGCGAGUUGGAGAGCGGCGAACAUUCGAGAACGGAAUCCUCAGACGUGACAACGGGUCAAACCGAGGCGCUUCCCACUGAGGGCAACCCCGGCGCAUCUGCGGCGGGGUCGCCGCCCGCUUCGUUCAUUUGCCUCCCUUCCCCAGCCAAAGUGAACCUGUUUCUAAAGGUUUUCCCGCGGCCGCCCGGCGCGGUCUUUCACCCGCUGCUAUCGCUUUUCCACUUUGUCUCUCUCUCUGACUACCUCGCGGUCGGUCUGCGGCCUGUGACUGGCGAAGGCGGUCAGAAGGCCCCAGAAGGGGCACGUAGCCCAGCUGGGUGCCCUCUGGGGUUUGGGGAGCGAGGUCGCCCCUCAGGAGACGCCAGCGACCGCGCGAAGGACAGCGCCCGAGACGACGCAAACGCGAGGGGGGCCGCGGGACGUUCAGCUUCAGAUCCAGACGCCCCAUUGGCGAUUCGGAACCCUUUUCCCUCUUCCUUCGGGACCGUCUCGCGCGUCGCCUUCCCCUACGCGUGUGAAUCUGAAGACGGCGAUCUGCUCUACUCCUCGUCGCCUCUGCCCUGCGGCGCAGAGAGCAAUUUGAUCCUCAGGGCCUUCCGCGCCUACCGCGCAGCCCUCGCGCGCCUCCUGGAGGAAGGCCGCAGGCGCGGGACGGAGGUGGCGAUGGGUAGCGGCCUUUCUGCGGCAGAGGGCGGCGACCGUCGCGACGCUGAACCGGCUGAACGGGGUGGGCAUGCCUCCACUCGUCCUCCCCCUCCGCGAUUUGUCGCCUUCAUCCACAAAAACAUCCCGGUUCAAGCUGGUCUCGGCGGCGCCUCUUCGAACGCCGCGGCGGCCCUUAUGGCUGCCUGCGCCCUGGCGCCGCCCCCGCUCUCUCUUCUCCCUGCUCCAGAACGAAGUGAAGGAGAAAACAGCGAGAGAGGGAGAGCGAGCGCCUCUUUGGGAAGCGGCGCGCCUGCCGAGGCGCGGGAAGGCACUCGCGCAGGCGCAGAGGCAAGGGACGAGCAGUCCGCCGCGGCGGACAAAGAGACGUCUGCGGAGACGCGCGCGACUGGUAUUGGCGGGAGUCAGCGUGCCCAUGCAGAGCGUGGAGGCGCGUCUGAAGGAGAGGCUCGCCGAAGAACGGGAGGCGCGCGCCAGCCUGGGGCCGACCCUUCCGGUCGCAGCGGAGAGCAAGACGGUAGCUUGGGAGAGAGGGAAGAGGAAGCAGACAAGCGUGGUAGGGCUUCUGCGGAGGGAAGCGGAAAUCGCGUCGGCACUCGGGACGCCGUGUUGAGGUGGCUCGCGGAGAUGGGCGAAGAACUCGGCAGCGACGUACCAUUCUUUCUUCUCUCGCGCGGCGCAGCUGUAUGUACGGGGCGUGGCGAGGUCGUGCGAGACUGCUCUGAGGAAAUUCGUCGCCAGUUUUCCUUCUCGAUGCCGCAAGACGGCGACGACGCAAAGCCUAACGGGGAGCACGCAAAACAGGCAGGGCCGAUCGGCGGUGCGGCGAGGGCAGAAAAGGAGGGACAGAACGGGGGCCUGGACAGAGACAGAGGAGAUGCGGAGCUAGUGGUGUAUAUUUUCAAGCCAAGAGAAGGUCUAGGGACGAAGGCAGUGUAUGACGCGUUCAAUAGACAGCCACUUCAGCAGAGCGAAUCGUGUCAGCGAAGCGGAGGCGCGCAAGCGGAGUCCGCACACCACACCUCCCCGGCCGUCGAGUUCGCCCGCGCUGUAGAGCAGGCAUGCCCAGAGUCGCCCUCCUCAGCGUUUGCUCUCUUUUCGCCAGCGAAUUCUCCAUCCGCUCUUUCCUCGCGCUGCUUAGUGUCUGACCUCCUCGCGCACCGCCACCCGUGCUUCCUUCGGGCGCUCUUCGAGAACGACCUGCAGCAGCCCGCAGAGUCCCUUCUGCCCUGUCUGGCUCGUCUCAGCAAGGAGCUGCAGGCCUUCCAAACGCGCGAAACGCAUCCUGAGGCGGCCCAGGCCUCGCUCCCCGCAAACCGAGCUUCGGUGGCAUCUGCAGCCGCGGCGCCGGGCGGGCGGGGCUCCCCUUCGGCGGCGGAAAGAGAAGCCGGCACGCGUCUCGGCUCCGGUCUCUCAAUGGCUUUCAACGGAGGGGAGGCGGACUUUUUCCUGCUGGCCAAGGGCAUGACGGGAAGCGGAUCAGCCUUCGUGGCGCUGACUGGAGAGCGUGGCGAGUGCGCGGGCGCAGCCUCGGCAGAGCCGUGGAAAGCUGGGAGUCCCGCGAAGACGCUCUGGCGGCAAUUCCUUAGAGCGGAGCGGGCGCGCGGCACGCGUGUGAUUCGCUGCAGACUCCUGGGCAAGUCUGUGUGUCUUGGGGAGCUCCAGGAGCUGUGUGGCGGCGUGGAGGGGCCCGCCCAGGGAGCACCGUGUCUCUCGUUAGAGACACAGUCGGCGCGGAGAGACGCGGAGUCGACGCGGUCCGCGGCGGCGCGCCAGAAAGGCGCCGCGAACGGCCCAGACGGGAACUCUGCAGCGCACAUGAAUCUGCCGUGGUUCAGCGCAACGAUGACGUUCGAGGAAAUGCAGACAGACGAAAAUUCAGCCGUUGGUUAA